UUUGCGGUUCUUUCCCUUGUUGGGAUCAUCCAACCCGACUACAAUCUGCCCACGCCAGCCUACAAACGGCGCAUUUUCGACAGCCGCAGCACGCGGAAGAGCGCGUCCGCGACGUACGGUGGCGGUGGCAUGCGGGACAGCAGCAAUUACAGCACCAACCGGGACUACAGCAAGUACCGGUCCUCGACGGGCGCGGACUAUGACUUUGACAGUACGUUCUUCGGGCGGAACAGUUACGGUGGGGGCGCACGGUCCUACCACAACCACAAUCACCACUAUCCGUCGUCCGGGGCCGGGGGUCGUGAAAACAGCCGUACGUUUUCGUUCCGAGGAUUUUUCGAGACGACGCCGUUUUUCCGCUUCUUUGAGAAAAAACGUCGCAUCUACGACCAGUACGGCAAGGAGGGUCUGAUGAGCAACGGCUCCGAGCGGUACCACCAGAGCAGCCGACACCGGCGGCACAACGGCGGAGGCAUCCACGACGAGUUCGACAUCUUUGGCGGCUUCCCGUUCACGUUCCGCGACCCGGAGGAGGUGUUUAGGGAGUUCUUUGGCGGUUCCCCGUUCGAGGAGAUCUUCAGAGUGACGUCCCACAACGGACACCGGCGGCACGCGAACGGUCACCACCACCACAACGGCCAGCGGCACUCGCACCCGCAGAACGUGAUCAGCUCGCCGUUCAUGUCGCCCUUCAUGAGCUUCAACCUGAUGGACGAGUUCUUCAACGCGGACCCGAUGGCGCACCGGGGAGGGGGUGGCGGUGGCGGCGGCAUCGGCGGCGGUGGCUUCACCUCGAUAUCGGAGUUUAGCGUCGGGAGUGGCCCCGUGAAGCGGACGUCCACCUCGACCACCUUCGUCAACGGGAAGAAGCUGAUGACGAAAAAGGUGUACGAGAACGGCACCGAGACGAUAAUGUCGUACGAGAACGAUGUACUAAAAUCAAAGACUGUAAACGGAGUCGCUCAAGCUCUUUCCAGCUACGGCCACUAAGAGCCCCGGACCGUGGGAGGAGGUCGACUCGUGCGGCGCUAGAACAAGAUAACUAGAAAACUAGACAGCAGCAGCAGUGGAUUAACCCAAUAUUCUAGUGGAAUGCAUAGCGACGAAGAGGGGAGCGAGCUUGAAUGUGCGGAAACGAUUUAGUGUACUAUCCUAGUGUGGAUCCUGUGCUGAAUGAAUGGCACACGUAUAGAGCAGAGCUAGCGUUCAUUUACUAUAAAUACCUAUUACAGAAACCUACUACUAAACUACUACUACUGUUACUCUUACAUCUAAAUGGAGAAAAUUAGUAACCAUAGACAGAUUCAACCCCAUUUAAAGCAGCGCAAGUUGCGAACCAAAUUCACAGAGAUAUGCACCAAAUCUAAACAGAUACAACAAAUUAUUCAAUAAACAGAAACAAAACAAAAAUCAGACAUGUAAUAACAGGAUACCGAGAGAACCACACUGCUGUAAUAAUAAUCAUUUCAUUUGUGUAAAAAAUAGUAGAUAAAGCAACACCUAGAAUCCGAAACACUACCACGGCGAAGCAUGCAACAAGAAAAAAAACUUACCUAAAACUAAAGACUUAGCUCUUAGGGGGAACCGAGAACGAGAGGACGCGAAGAAAAAAUCAAACGCUAUUUCACUACUAAACUAUUACACCGUUGAGAUGAGCUACAUAAACUAUACAUAUUGCAUAUAUACUAGAAGCAGCAGAGGCGAACAAAAAAAACAUAUUGUUCUAAUCCAGAGCCUGCUAAACAUCUUCCCAUAAAUGUGUAUAUGAAUAGAAAACAGUGUAUUUUUUUCAAAAAAACAGCUUGUAUUGUGUAUCAGAAGAAAACAUAAAAAAUCAUUUUCGAUCAUAUUUUAACGGUUAAACAUAGUGCAAAAUCGAAACGCAUAAGAAAUCAUAAUCAAAAAAAGGCUCAUGGCAAAGACAAACAUUAUUUUCUGGAACGGUAAUUAAAAAAAACAGUUAAAACAAUGAACACUGCUGAAAAAGAUGUCCUCAAGUUUCAGUUGCUCUAAAACGAACGAACUGUUCGAUCCUUUGUACAUUUUAUCCCCAUAGUUUUACAUUUAUUUGUAAUGUAGAACAAUUUAAUUUCAACUUAAUUAAAACGAAAUCUUAAAAACAAACGUUAACUCCGCGUAACAACUGCACCGAGGCACCACCCUCGUGAAAGCCAGUGCGGGAACGCUACAAAUGUUUUUCAUUUUACGAACUACGUUGUAGCCGCGACUUUCCAAAGAGGGUGUGCAGCCGAGCUAGGGUAGACUCGUCACUUCAAGCCACCACCAUCGUGUCGUGGUCGGGUGUUCUAAUAUGGAGCGCGCAGAGAAGGGCAGUAAACUAUUAAUAUAGCUUAAUUUAAUAAGUUUUUUUUUGCACCUUAGUUAUUGUUGGUUGUUUUUCCCUCACUAGAUGUAGUUGAACUUUGGAUGGGAUCUUGCCGAUUCCUGUUUUGGCUCAACAUCAGCCGACAAAUCCAAACGUUUUAUACGAUGUUCAUUUCCUGUUAAGAAGCUCUAUUGUAUACAAAGUAGAGGAAAGAGGAAAAAACAAACACAAAACCCCAAUUUUAUUGUGUAAGAAUUUCGUAAUGAGUGAAGACGCAGUAAUCAAUUCAAGUUAAGCAGCAUUGUAUUUUUUGUAGCGUAAUACUUAACCGGAAUAAUGCAAGCAAAACUCAAUAACAAAAGUGUAACAGCAACAAUUACAGUUAGAAGAAAAUCGAGCAGAAGAAAACACACAACCACAAUAACUCAACAAGAGAAAAACAACAAUAGCAUCAGCAAAGCGAUUAAAAGUCGGUUGCGGGCAGGCAACACACCAUUUAGCAGACGACUGUUGGAAAGAGGAAACAUUUAACGUUACACAAAUAAAAUGUAAAACGAGUAAAAACACAAGAAGCAAGUUUUAAGAAGCAUUAAAGAUUUCUAAACGGAGAGAAUAAA